AUGGAGAAAAGAGAAAGAAAUUUAUCUUAUACAUCGAUGAGCAGACAUAAAAAUUAAAAGCUCGGCCAAAACAAUUCCUAGAAAAAUUCUCCUUAGGGCCAGCUGCCAGUUAUUAAGUUGAACUUGAAUGAUAUUACUAAACGCUGUGAUUCUCAGUAAACUCACCUUUCAACUGCUGCAUCCUCUCAUGUUUCGAAUUGGAAAGGGAAAAGUGACAGAUUCACUGGAGGAUUCAUGAAUUUGAUGUACUAGGAUAAUAGCCUCCAAGCUGUAGCUCGACAAAAAAACUUAAACAGUAUCCGUCUUUCUAAAUUGAAGCAGAUUGAGGAGAUGUAGAGAAAAUACGAGCUUGAAAUGGCUGAGAAAAGAGAAAUAGCAAGCUAUUAUUUCCAAACUUAUGGAUUGUUUUAUGAUGAGAAGCUGCUUAAAAACAGAUCCAAAGGUGAUUUGAUAGUUUACUUUUAGAAGCUACUUAUCUAAAGAAAACAGCGAUUCGCUGCAAGGACGAUACAAAGGGCAUUCAGGUAGUACAGGAUUUACAAGUUUCUUAGAAAAGCCAGGCUAAGACUUAGAGUUGUUGCUGCUUGUAGGAUUCAGAAGAUGUUUAGAUCCACUAAGCAAGCUAGAUAUGAAAGAGACUUGUAAAACAAAAGGAGGUAAAGAGCUGCUGUAGUUGUGCAGAAGGUUCGUAAUAGGAUCUAACCAAUUGUCAGAAGAAGAAUAUUAUAGAGAAAUUUCAGCUAUUUUAGUUAAAUAAGGCUACAUCUUAUGACUUCUGCUUAGAUAAAGAUCAGAUAUCAUUGGUUCAAGUACAAGAAAAACAAGCUUAAGAAAAAGAAGGUACUUUAGUAGAGGAAAUUUUAGCAAGCUAUCAGAGCCAGAGUAGAUACCGGACUAAGUGGAGCUGUGAGGAAGAAUUCUAAUCAAAAAAAUAAUUAUAGAAAUUAAUUGGCUGUUAAUGCUAGCUUAGAUUCAUAAGAUAUUCCCAUUACUCCUGGAAUAGGGCAAAGUCCGAAUCUAAGAAAGCUAAAUUAGUAGAUUUCAUAGUAUAGCAGAGAAAACGAAAGUCCAAUGAGCCAAAGCAAAGAUGAAUACCAGGGCUAAAAUUCAUAAGCAUUUAAUAACUCAUUUAAGUAUGGUAUAUCAGGGAAUCCCCUUAGUCCUAAUGAAAGUUCAGACCAUAAGAGUGACCCUAAGUUUUUAUCUUAAAGUAAAAAGAAGGGAAAAGAUAAGAUUCCCUCACAAUUUUCAAAGACAGUAACUAAGACUCCAAUAGUACAGAUAUCUAAGAAAAAGGAAAAUCUUGUUAUGAAGCAACCACCUAAAGGAGGUUAUCUUUCGACUAAAAAAAUAUCUGACUUUCACUUAGACCUCUCAGAUGUGAAAAAAGAGAAUGCAAAAAAUGAAAAGUCUAAUUCAAACAGAGUUAUAGCCAAGAGAAAUGUUACGUCUUAGUUAUAGCCUUAGUUUGAUGAAAAAGAUAUCAAGAAAUCGUUUACACUUCCUGAGGAGGAUGAAUCAAGUAUAUCUAAGAAUACGACUGAAGAAAAGGAAAAGUUUCAGAUGCCUUCAAUAGAAAUAGAUAAAUUCGAUGAUAUGCCUCUUAAGGCAACUGUCAUAAUGACAAGUGGAACUAACACUCUGCAUAAGCUAAGUCUCAAUCCAUUGGAUAACAUCAUCGAGUAAGAUGCAGACGACUGUUCUCCCUUGGUUAAAAAUGCUCCUUGUAUCAAUUAUGUGAUUGUAAAUGAAAAUUCAGGCUUAGAAGAUUCUUAAUAAGAUCCUUAGGAUUUAGGUUCAAAGCAAAGCACCAUGGACUAUGUUAAUAUGGAGAGAGUGGGUACAUUCGAGCAACUUUAAUAUGAACUAUUGGAAUAAGAAAAACUUUAGGAUCAAGAAUAAGAGUAGGAAGUUCUUCAAUCAAUGCGAUAGUUGCCUCUUAAAGUAUAUGAACAAGAUUAAUUGGUAGAGGAGGACUAUGAGGAUGAUGAGCAAGAAGUUUAGGCAGAAGAUUUGUAAAGUGAUUAUUGA